AAAUAAUGUUCCUUACAAUUAUUCUGAGCCAAAUACUUGCAGUAUUUUGUCAGCGAGAUAAGAAUAUCGAAAUUGAAUUGCAAUAUGACAUUGAUGGUGGUUUUGAAGAUUUGAAAAUUAGAAAUGUUAGACCUCUUCCGCGAGAUAUUCCCGAAGAUUAUGAGGCACCAAAAGUGGUUCCUGCUGAAACCGUUAAUCGUGAUAAGCACGGUUAUACGAAUAACGUUGGAAAGUUUCCUUACAGGAGGAUGAAUAUGAAUGAAAAUCCAUCAAUAGGUCAGUCACCAGUAUUUGUUUCAAACAUAGAGAGGAUUAAUAAUAGUGCAUCAAAGUUAUUGCAAAUUUUGGAAGAAAUAAGUGAGUUUCGGCAAGAAUUGCUAGCAGAAGCUCAAAAACGUAUCAGGGGUACAAGCAAACAAUCUAUUAAUAUAGAACAAUCGGAAUUGGGCUUGAAACCACGACAGGUAGAACCUUUGUAUGAAUUUCGAAGAAUGACUGGCAAUAACAAGAACGUAAACGGUAUAAAUUUUAGAAAAACAGUGGAAAUAAGAGGAAUAAAGAAUUAUAAUGCGACCAUGAACACAAACGAUUGGGUAAGCUUAUUGCCUAUAGAACGUAGAAAAAAGAACCUUCAACCAACAACUUUACCACCACAAGACCGUGAUAGAAAAGCUGCAUCAGAAGUUUAUAAGUUUCUUAAGGUCAGUUUAGCGAUGCCUAGAAAAAAGGAAAUAGCUCCAUUAAAUGUACAAAUUCCGAGAAAGAUUUCAAUAAUAACAAAAGAAAAUAAAAAUAACAAUGCAGAGUUACUGAAGCUAAGCAAAGAGACACAUUUGUUAGCAACGGAUCUUGAACAUGAAUCCAAGCCACUUUCUACGCUAUCGAAAAAGGGCAAUAAUUUUAUGUCACUGAAAUCCGACGAGAACAAGACAAAAACACUAAUUGAUAUAGUUAAAGCAAUCGAGUUAAUAACAUCACAAAAUGCGAAAGACGCUUUAUCCCAAUUGAGUGCGCUUAGUCUUGACUCUCAGACCAACACUUCAGUAUAUAUAAAAACUCCGACAAAAUCAUCAGAAUUAAAAUUUCCAUCAGAGUAUCUUAAAGGUUCUAACUUGACAGACCGAGAAAAACAACUUGAGUUAGAGUUAAAGAAAAUUCGCAAAGAGAUAAACUUGUUCACACCAGAAAAAGAUCAGAAAUUGUCAACACUAGACAUAUUCAGUGCUUCCGUAAGACCUACGAUAAAUGUAUCUCCAUUCUCAUAUGAAUAUAGUAAUCCAACAACAACGGAAACAACAAAAACAUUGUUAACAACAACUAAAGUCGCAGCAAUAGCACAAUUCGACUUUAAUAAUAUUAUGAAGUAUAGAGAAGCAUAUUUGAAACUUGAAAAUAGAAGUGAGACAGAAGCACAUGGAAUACAUGAAGAAAAGUCCAUAAAUGAUACAGAAGGCAGCGAAGUGUCUUUAACAGCGACGCGUAAAACAAAUAUUUUUCCUGAUUCAUUGAAUUUAGGUAGAAAUUUUUUAACAUUACCUGAAAGAAAUAAGCAAAUAUCAACUGAAGCUCAAAUUGAUUUCAAUGUACGUGAAAAACAAUCAAACUCGGUAUUGGAGCGGUUAAACAAAUUAUUAAAUCUAAGUUUAUUACAACGUUUGGCAGAAACUAAGCAAGAAGUGCCUAGUAAAGUAGUACAUCAGACUGCUGUAACAAAUUUUGUCACGUCUCGUUUGACAAGAAAAAGGUCAAAUAGGCCUAAAUUUACGCCCAGAACAAACAGAAUGCAAAGAUUACGCAAACUACGUGUUCAUCGUAAGCAUACAACAAAGAAUCGUAAAUUAAUUAAGGAAUCUGAUAUAGACACAUUUCGGAAACAACUUCGAAUGGAAUAUGAUAGUUUCGAAUAAUUUGUAAUUGUUUAAC